CGGGGCGAACGGAUACCAUGCCGACCCCGGAUCAGACCGAGAACCCGUUCCUGGGCAUGCCCCAUUACGUGACAGGCACGUACACGCGCAACAGCACCUUCCUCAACGACGAGGAGUACAGCCGCGCGCUUGACUGCUUCGUUAAGGGCUGCGCGGAUAUAUUCCUCACCGACUCCAAGGGCAACGCGAUGCUGGGCAAGCGCAAGGUGGAGCCGCAGCCGGACUGGUGGUUCCUCGGAGGCCGCAUGAAGGCGGGCGAUACCAUCGAGGAGGCCGCCGCGCGCAACUGCAAGCGAGAGACCAAGCUCGACAUCGACCCGUCGCGAUGGUCGUUCGUGUGCGCGCAGACGAUGCUGUGGCAGUUCCGCAAGCAGGAGCCGUGCGGGAACGGCACGGCGGACAUCAACGUCAUCAUGACCGCGGAGAUCACGGACGAAGAGAAGGCGUCGAUGGUGAUGUGCAACGAGGAGUACGAGACCUGGGGCUGGUUCCAGCCCGAGGAGCUGCUCUCGGAGGGCAGCAAGAUCAAGCUCCAUCCCGUGCUCAGGCGCGGGCUCACGGAGCUGGUGAACAACCACAUCAAGCAGGAGCUGCACAGGAAGGUGUGCGAGGGUGGGACCGACGCGGAGAUUGCCGCGCUGGUGAGGAAAAUAUACAGCAAGGGGCACGACCACUACGUCUGAGCACUUAGUCGUGUGGCGACCUCCUCGGGCUCAAACCCAGAUUAUUUUAUUCUUCCCGGCCAAAAAAGCGGCUUGAAUCGUAUCGUUACACAUUCGAGGU